GCACACGCGACUCUGAGAAGGAACGACCAAAUGUUUCCAAGAGACGCUUCACAUGAUCUACCGCAUCAUGUAAUAGAGCUGAUUUGCAGCCAGUAUUUCUCUACGUCACCUUGGCCCCGUCACCCCCCUUUGCAAGUUGCAUCGACCACGAUGUCUACGGGAGCGCACCACCUCUUAAGCGCCGAUCCUCCCGAAUCAGCACUAAAAGGUAGCCAUCCUAACGGUGAUCCCACCCUCCACGGUGCGAGUGGGUUCAAACUUGGAAACUUCUGCGUCGACGAGUAUCGCCCUAUAAGGGUUGCUGUUAUCGGAGCAGGCUUCAGCGGAGUCACUGCUGCGAUCCGCUUCCGCCAGAAGGUGCCGAACGUGACGGUAAACGUAUACGAGAAGAACCGAGGAGUUGGUGGGACAUGGUUUGCGAACCGAUAUCCUGGACUGGCUUGUGAUAUUCCAUCUCAUUGCUAUCAAUUGACUUUCGAGGCAAAGACGGACUGGAGUGCAGUGUAUGCACCGGGGCCGGAAAUCCGAGAAUAUAUAGAAGGCGUCGUAGAGAAGUGGAAGCUUCAGCCUCUUAUCCACCUAUCGCAUGAGCUCGUCGGUGCACGGUGGGAAGAAGCGGCAGGCAAGUGGCACCUCACCAUCAGGCACCCGAAGUCCGACGACGCAGAGGCCGCGGAUGGCGAAACUACGUUCGAGGAGUUCGAAGAUGUCGUGGACGUACUCUUUACCGGCGUGGGCUCGCUCAGUCGCUGGUCCUGGCCGGAUAUCCCUGGUUUGCAGGAUUUCAAGGGUCGUCUACUGCAUAGUGCGAACUGGGAUCUCACACCUGAUCCUCGGGGACGCUGGGAGGAAGGCAUUAAAGAUUGGGGGGACAAGCGUGUCGGAGUCAUCGGUGUAGGGGCGUCAGCCAUCCAGAUCGUGCCUGCCUUGCAGCCCAAUGUUGCGAAGAUUGUCAAUUACGUGCGUGGCAAAACAUGGUUCUCCGCACCAUUCGCCGAGGGCAAGCUCGCGGAGCUAAUUGGAAAGACGCCGACGGGCGAGAAUUACUACUUCACGAAUGAGGACAAGGCGAGAUUCAGCGAUCCCAGAUACUACGAGUAUUUCAGGCACGAACUAGAGUCUGAUCUAAACGUAAGGCGUUGCUUGCAGCCAACUGAGUGCACGCUGAUCAGCGCCCAGGCCGUUCACCAAGCGACAGUUAAAGGUAGCAAGCUCCAAGAACUUGGACGCGAGGCGUUUGCCGCCGUCAUGAAGCAACGACUAGCAAAGAAGCCUUGGAUAGCCGAAAAACUGAUACCGAACUUUGCAGUGGCAUGCCGUCGCCUCACUCCAGGACCCGGCUAUCUCGAAGCCCUGUGCGAAGACAAUGUAGACUUCGUCACAUCCGAGAUCAAGCGUGUUACGCCCACCGGGAUUGAGACCGCUGACGGACAGCACCAAGAGCUGGACGUGAUAAUCUGCGCCACGGGGUUCGAUGCAUCCUUUAAUUUGGGAUUCUCGUGCGUCGGUCGCAACGGGAUCGACCUCGCCGACCGCUUCGCGCCGCACCCGGAAACCUACCUGACUGUAUGCACAGAUGGGUUCCCGAACUGGUUCAUGUCGCUGGGGCCCAACUCCGCCGUGGGAAGCGGAAGUCUUCUGGUGUUGAUCGAGCGACAGAUUGACUAUGCAGUGAUGGCAACCUGCAAACUUCAGCGAGAGAGGCUCAAGAGCAUCGAGGCAAAGCCGGAGGCUGUCAGAGAUUUUGACGAUUACUUGGAACACUACUUCCCAACAAGUGUCUACAGCGAAAAAUGCCGCUCAUGGUACAAGAUGGGCAAGGAGGAAGGUCGCGUUACCGGGCUUUGGCCAGGCUCUUGCCUUCACGCCGUGCGGGCCCUUGCUCAUCCGCGUUGGGAAGACUUCAACUACCAGCAUCUGUCGGGUGAACCCCAGAACCGAUUCUAUUGGCUCGGAGACGGCCAGACCUACAACGAGAAGACCUUCACGGGAGACAGAGCGUGGUACUUAAAUCCCGAGGAGAUCGAUAAACCGCCGAUGGGUAACCCUAAGUUACACCGUGCACAUCAAGAAGUAGCUUGGAAUGCUUGCUACAGAAUUCUGUACCCUGUCGUGCUUGCGAUCAAUGUUGCUGAGUUUGAAUAUGUUUUCAAUGAAGGUCAGGGCAAAGUGGCUGUGCAUGCACUGACUGACCGCGACGGGGAACCAAUACAUAAGUGUCUUGUCGACGAAAGGUUGUAUGAUUACGUGCCGAAGUGA